AUGGUUGUCAAUCAACAUUUGAGAGUAAUUACAUUCGACGUACGCAAGCACGCAUGUCGCGAUCAAAGCAACGACCAUCCACAAUCAAAUCGGACGCCCUCAGAUCCGUACAAGCCCGUCCCUUUGAAGGUGGUAACAAGAUCGCUGUCCAGCAUCGAUGAUGAUACGUUAAUUGCCGUCUUCAGUUUCCUGCCGGUGCAAUCAGUGCUCGCGAUGAGACAGUGCUUAUUGCUGGCCUUGCCCUUCCCCCAUCGCGAGCUUGCAGUGACGGAUGCUUCUGAAUUGGAACACUGCGUCUGCCGGGCGAUACGAAUUGCAAGCUCUGGCACGGGAGUGUCGAAAAUCUUCUUCCUGCCCGGAUACGGAGGCAGACGUAUCGCGACCAUCACCAAGGGAUUUUACCCUCCGCAAUCCGCCAUCGUUCGCAAAGUGGUGGAAUGGUGCCCAAAGGGCAUGAUCUUUACUGGCGAACAACGCAUUGAGAUCCUCCGCAUUUCCGACGACGGAGCGGACGAUGGGCCUGCUACGUUCAAAUGUGUACGGACGAUACGUACAUCUUUCCGGCCUAUUGCACUCGAAGGGGACAUGAUCACGUAUAGCGAUGAUUCCACCGAGAUAAGGAUUAUGGAUCUAAAGAGUGGUGCUCUUGCGAUUCUUCGCUCGGCGGAAGAACCAGUCGAUCAGCGAUUUCAGUACGACAGAUGUUUACAGGUCGUUUUUGCUUAUCGGAGCAUCCUGGUCGUUCGCGCUCGUUCUGUUGAGCUUUUCGAGAUGCCGGUCCUGCGUUCGACCUCCGAACCAUUUUCGUAUCAUCCUCUGGCGAACCACUCAUUCGGCUGGAUAGAUAAUGUUUCUGUCAAAGUGCAAGCUUGCCCUUCUGAUACAUCAAAUGCCCAUACCUUGGAUUUAUACACUCUGGAGCCCAACCCGCAAUGCACAGGAGAUCUGCGCAUUCUCCCCAUGGAUGGUGCACCGGACCCUACUGCACCUUCGCUGUCGAUAGAUAGGAUUUUAGACCGCUCGCCUUAUCUGUUCCCACCGGCGCAUUCGAAGCUUUCAUCGCCGUCCGUUAGCGGCAUCUUGCGCUGUACGGACAUCAUCCUGGGUCCAUAUGGGACGGCCGUUUGGAUUCAGCCACACCCUGCACACAGCGCCGAUCUCACCACAUUAGACGUUCACGCCAACGGAGACACUAGUUGGGGCAGUUUUGCAGGUCUGCUGCAGCGGGCUCAUCUAGAUCUUGAUCUCCGGGUGAGCACACUAUGGGCGCAGUUACCUGGAGCUAGCCAUUGGACGUCUUUGGAUUAUGUCGAAGAGUUGGGGCUUGUUGCCAUAGGCUCGUCCGAUGGAAGGGUGGUUGUGCUGGAGCUAGUCUUUCGUCAUUUUUGUCCCCUUUCAUCCCCCGUCGCGCACGCCGACGCGCCGGAGGAAAAGGUGCCCGAAGAGGAAGAGGCAGUCGAGGAAAAGGCGGAGGAGGAGGAGGAGCCCGAGGAUAUCAUGCCUGCGCUUCGUGAGGAGUGUGAAAACAGCGCGAGAUGCCUGGAAGCCACGAAGCACUUUCAGCAAUGCGAGGGGAGGGCCAACUCGGGCAAGGGCUUCGAUCAUGAGGAUUGCAUCGAGGAAUUUUGGUUUUCUCGACCUGACAUGUCACCCGUUCAGCUGUACAUUUUGCACACCACGAUCUCGUUUGUGUGCCGACAUGUCCUGCAUCACCGCGUGUGGUAUUUAUUAGAUCAGUAA